CUUCAUAGAGUUACACACACUGUAGUACUGCUGCAGUAAGAUAUACUCCCCGCCAGUAGGUGGCGGUGGAGCAUCACCUUGUUGUUUGACCGCCAGAAAAACAUCCCAAGAAGAAGAGAAAAACACAACGUCAUGAGAUUCAACAUGUCGCGGGAAACCCGGGAAGAGAUGGAGAUUGAUGCCCGCGAAGAAGUCGACGAAGAACCGGACAGUCUCCCUCCGUCGACUUUAAAACUCUACGAGACACAGUUUUUCGGCUUCACCCCGCAGACAUGUAUGUUGCGGGUCUACAGCGCCUUCCAGGACUGCCUGUACGACAUUUUACCCGUCGUGGAGAAGGUGUGUGUGAGGCAGCUCAGCAAAGGCCAGUCGACCGGGGCCGACGAGCAGCUCCGGUCCCGGGCCAGGGAGUGCAGCCGCAAGCUGCAGCUGUUCCUCGAAGAGCGGUUCAAGCAGCUGUCGGAGCGGAUGGACGCGCUGCUGGUCAACCGCUGCUUCUCCGUGCCGCCCCAUGUCCUGCUGCCCGAGGACCAGUCCCACAAGACCUACCCCCAACACAUACAGGAGGUGCUGAGGCUGGAGUCGUCCCUCGCUGACCUGCAUAGAGCCUACGAAGCAGAAGUCUGUGCCAGGCAGGCCCUGCUGGCUGAGCUGGAGGAGCAGAAGGAGGUGCAGAAGCAGCUGGAUGGGAUCCUGACGUGGGUCAGAGAGCUCCAGGAGGCCUGGGUGAAGGAAGGUAACGGCAGCUUCCAGGAAAGUUUCGACAUGGUGAUGGAGUCCGUAAAGAAGCUGCAGGAUGCCGUCAGGGAGGUCCGCAACAAGGCGCCUCAUUGAACUCAACUCAAAUUUGUAAACAGACAUGACACCAAACCUUUUAUAGUCUGUUCUGUUUUUCAUUCUGUCCGAUGGAGAUAAUUUAAAGCAAUUUGACUCAUUGAACUAGCCCAGUUUUCAUCCUGUAUAAAACUCAUCAAUGAAUUAAUGCUCCAAAGUAUGUAAAUAUUAUAAAACAGCACAAAUGACUGUUCUUCAAGCACAUGUUACACGUUUCAUGAAGACAACGUUCAUUUCCUGAGAAAAGAAGACAAAGAUAAUGAAGCCAAAACAUUUGCUUUGAUCACUUCAUGAACAAUUAUCCUAAUUUAAUAGAAUUAAAGCUUGGUUACCUUUUUGAAAGGACACAACAGCACCAUCAGCUAACAGUGUAGUUUUCCUUUCCACAAUGUUAUGUAAAUAAUAAAACGGAUGGAUGUAUCCAUGCACUUGUCUCUA